AUGGCAGAAGCAAAAGGUCCAUGGCCGCAUACAACGACGUAUCAGACGCGAUGGCUGGACAACGACCAAUACGGACAUCUCAACAACUCGACAUACUACCUGGUCGCGGAUAGCAUCAUCAACGCCUUCCUGGUCAACGAGUGCGGCAUCCAGCCGUUUGUCCACGCGUCAUCCUCCGCGCCUUCCUCUUGCCCCUCGACACCGUCCGAAAAGAGCGUGUCCGAAAUCGUCGGGCUCGUGAUCAGCAACUCGUGCAGGUACUAUGCGUCGUGCUCGUUCCCGCAGCCGCUGACCGUGGGGUUGCGCGUGGUCACGCUGGGCAAGAGCUCGGUUACUUACCAAGUAUCGAUUGCGGAGUCGAGGGCAGAAGGGCGAGAAGUGGCGGCUGUGAUCACCUCGACGCAUGUGUUUGUGGAUCGUGUGACGAGGCGGCCAGUGCAGAUGCCGCGGAGGUUGAGGGAGCCCUUGUCGAGGUUGUUGGUGCUGGAAGAGGCACGGUCCAAGUUGUAG